GUUGGGGAAGAAAGGAUCACAAAUGUGAGACUGCACUUAAAGACGAUAAACAAGCAUUUAUAAAUGCAUCCUACAGUUUGACGGGAAAGAAAAAAUACCAGACAAGCUUAUUUGUUUUUGGAUUUUUGGAUUGGGACGGUGUAAAUGCGCUCCGCUGUGUGCGCUUUGGAACGACGUUCAGCGCGUCUAAGAAAUCAGAUCUCCUUGGGUGACUUGUGUUUACACAGGAACCAUCCAAAGCCACGUUUUAGCAGGCAACCUUGGUGUGGACAGCAGCCUACUGUGCAGGAGUGUUUAGCUGUUUGACUCUGUCCUUGCAAACACAGACGCAGAGCAGGAAAUCAGGCUACAUACAUGGCCAUAUAAGUAUAUUUACUUAAAAUACAUUAAGAAAAAACAUCAAUCGGAGAGAUUUUUUAGACUGGAUAUAGCUGCAGCUGAACGAAAGGGUGAGCGCAUGUGUAUGUAGCAAAGAGCGUCGUUGAUUGAGCUUUUUAAGUGUGGAUGUGCAUGGAAACUGUUCCAAAGUGACCACAAGUACGUCUAGUCUUGGGUGCAGGGAAUGGUACAUCGACAGUAGCCUAAAUUCCAGUGUUAGUCCGAGUCGCUGUCAACGGGUGUCAGGCGAAAGUCUGCUGGGACGACAUGGAGAGUCAGAAUGAGAAGGAGAGAACGGACAAGGGUUUCGCCCUGACUUACAUCGGCUGGUGCUCCCUGGACAGCCGGACCACCCUACCCAUGCUGCCGUGGGUCGUGGCUGAGAUCCGGAGGAGGAGCGAGAAAUGCGACUGCGGCCCAGUGAUGCAGCCCAGAGAAGUUCAGCUGCUGUUCUACCCCCCCUUCGUCCGUUGUGUCCCCACCAACAGCAACAACUCGUCGGUUUUCAUAUUCGAGCACAAAGCACAGCUCAUCUCUCGCUUCAUUCACAACAGCAAUGACCUCACUUAUUUUGCAUAUCUGCUGCGGGGCCAGCCGGACAACCCGGAGUCCGAGAUGUCCUGUCACGUCUUUAAAGCCUCCGACCCCAACCAGGUUCCAGAGGUAAUCAGUGGAAUUCGGCAACUUUCCAAAUCAGCCCUAAAGGAAGAAGCCAAACCCAAACAGGAAGCUGAUGAGUCCUUCUACAACUCACAAAAGUUUGAAGUGCUGUACUGUGGAAAGGUGACAGUCGGCCACAAGAAGGCUUCGUUAACCCUCAUCGAUGACUGCAUUGACAAAUUCCGACAGCAUGAGGUUGAACGUAAGCGCCUUCGACUGCUCAAUGGUCCACGAGGGUCCACAGAGAAUGCCCCUGUUGAGUUCCUCUCAGGGGGAGAAGGAGACCCACUCUCACUGGCUCUGAAUAAGAGUGCAGAAGACCCUGAAAGUCUUGGAAUGGAGGACAUGAGCACAGUUAAAGGUCUGUCUAGCAGUGCCAGUCAGAGCAGCUUGCGAGGAGCUUUCCCAGAGUGCAUCCUUGAGGAUUCUGGAUUUGAGGAGCCACAUGAAUUCCGCACACGCUGCAGCAGCUUGGCAGGAAGUCUGCAGAGGAAACCGGGAGAAGGUGGCAUCAUGGGUCCCACACGCCGCAGACACGCCAGCGCGCCAAACAAUGUUCAGCCGUCCGAUUCAGACAAGAACCGCACUAUGCUCUUCCAGGUUGGACGUUUUGAAGUAAACCUUAUAAGUCCUGACAGCAAAACAGUGGUGCUGGAAAAGAACUUCAAGGAUAUCUCAUCAUGUUGCCAGGGUAUAAAGCAGACUGACCAUUUUGGUUUCAUCUGUCGAGACCAAUCAGAGCCUGGUCCCAGUCAGUAUAUGUGCUACGUGUUUCAGUGUGCCAGUGAAUCCCUGGUUGAUGAGGUGAUGCUGACCCUGAAGCAGGCCUUCUCUACCGCAGCAGUCUUACAAAGCAAUAAGACCCCGAUCCAGCUCUGCGAAGCCUGUCCCAUGCAUGACCUGCACAAACUCUGUGAGAGGAUUGAGGGUCUUUACCCGCCUAGAGCCAAGCUAACCAUCCAAAAAUAUCUCUCUCAGUUGACUGACAACGAGCAAGCAGAGAUUUUUGAGCGAGUUCAAAGACUAAAGCCUGGGUCAGACCAAGAAGAGAAUGAGCUGGUGAUACUUCAUCUAAGACAGCUUUGUGAAACCAAACAAAAAUCCCACCUCCACAUCGGAGAGGCCCCUCAGAAUGCUGCAAAUAGCUCAUCAGGAGGAGAUGGCACAGCCACCAGCAGUCGCUUCAAACUCGAUAUUCUCAAGAAUAAAGCUCGCACAUCCCUUACCAGCUCUCUGGAGAACAUCUUUUCAAGAGGUGCCAACCGAAUGCGUGGUCGCUUGGGAAGUAUGGGAAGCAUCAGCAGUUUUGAAAGACAGGAUGAGGAAUCUCCUGGCCACUCCCCUCCAGGUUCCCCUCCUGCCUUCCCCGACAAUGACCUGGAAACUGGGAUGCAAUUCCGUCGGCGUGCUCACACCUUCAGCCAUCCACCGGUGAGGAAGCGUAUCUCUUUUGAGAGCCAGUCAACCAGCCAGAGCAAACAAGCUCCUCUGCGCAGACAGCAGUCUGUUAACCCAGAGCUGCUGCAGAACAGUCCUGUGCCUGUUUCAAGAACACGCAGUGUUUCGGAGAGCGAGUCCUCCUUCAGCCUCCCCUCCUCCUUCUCUGCUCCCACUUUCCUGAAAAGCUUUUACCAGGGCUCACUGGGCUCCCUGAGCUCCCUGGCAGACAGUGGGAACCUCAAGAGCAAUGGGGAAGGCAGGAAAAGGACCCUGUCUAGUUGCAGCAAUGACUCAUUGAGUGGAGGUCUCCCUCAGACCCCACGCAGGGUCUCCUGGAGACAGAAGAUUUUCCUGAGGGUUGCAUCACCCAUGAAUAAGCCAUCUGCAUCCAUGCAACAGACAGACCACUCUGAUGCUGCUGAGCUGCUGCCUCUAUCUCCUCAUGCCGUGGACUCAAGCCUGGACCCUUUGAGGCACCUUUUGCCUGUUGCACAUGAUCAGCUGUCUGACCAGAGGCCUAAGAGGACAGGAGCUGACUACCGGACUCUCUGGAAGACUGCCAUCCACCAGCAGAUCCUACUGCUGCGAAUGGAAAAGGAGAAUCAAAGACUUGAGGAAGCAAGCAGAGACCAGCUGCACAUUCGCAAGAUGAAGCUCGACUACCAGGAAGUGAGCUCAUGCCUUAAAGAAGCACAGGCAUUGUGGGAGAGAAAAUUGACAGCUCCAGGCAGAAUGACAACCCUACAAGACAAGGAGGAAGUAAAUCGUGCACUCUGCCAAGGAGUUCCAAAGAGCAGGCGUGGCGAGGUCUGGUUGCUCCUUUCACAUCAGUACCGCCUGCAGCACAGACUGCCUCAGCGUCAGCACGCCCCGGACACUCCCUACCAUGACCUACUCAAGCAGCUCACUGCACAGCAGCAUGCCAUUCUGGUGGAUUUAGGCCGGACCUUUCCCACCCAUCAGUACUUCUCAGCCCAGCUCGGUGCAGGGCAACUUUCUCUCUACAACCUCCUGAAGGCCUACUCCCUGCUGGAUACAGAGGUUGGCUACUGCCAGGGUAUCAGCUUUGUGGCUGGGGUGCUGCUGCUCCACAUGAGCGAAGAACAGGCUUUUGACAUGUUGAAAUUCCUGAUGUAUGACCUUGGCAUCAGGCGGCAGUACAGACCUGACAUGAUCUCUCUGCAGAUUCAGAUGUACCAGCUUUCCAGGCUGUUGCACGACUACCACCGGGACUUGUACAAUCACUUUGAGGAGCACGAGAUCUGUCCAAGCCUCUACGCAGCACCCUGGUUCCUCACUCUCUUCUCAUCACAAUUCCCUCUCGGAUUUGUGUCCCGCAUCUUUGAUUUUGUGUUUGUCCAGGGGACUGAGGUGAUCUUUAAGGUGGCCCUCUGUCUGCUGAGCAGCCAUGAGGGGGAGAUAGUUGAGUGUGACACCUUUGAGAGCAUUGUGGACUAUCUGAAAACUACACUUCCCACACUCACACAAGCACAGAUGGAGCAAACCAUUGCCAAGGUCAUGGAGAUGGACAUAUCAAAGCAGCUGCAUGCAUAUGAAGUGGAGUACCACGUCCUUCAGGAUGAGAUGUUGGAUGCUGGACCGCUGCCAGACGACUCUGACCGCCUCGACAAAUUAGAGAAGACAAACAUUCAGUUGAAGAAACAGAAUAUAGAUCUGCUGGAAAAACUUCAAGCUGCACGGCAGAAGAUUCAGACCCUGGAGACGAGUGUGGAGAACUUCCUCUCUCGGGAGAGCAAAAUGAAGCACAUGAUUCGCUCCCUGGAGCAGGAGAGGGCAUCUUACCAGAGAACCAUUGAACGCAUGCGCUCGUGCCUUCCCCCUGACGCCCUGACAGAUGUGGAGAUGACCCAGAUCAAAACAGGACCCAAUGGGAAAGCCAAAACUGCAGCCAAGAAGCCUUGAUGGUAAACAAGGGGCUGGCUGUGGUGGGCAGGCGCAUGGGCAGAUACUAAAGUUGACAAAUGAAGACUGCUGAGAGGAAGGCUGCUGAGCUCCGCUGCAGCUCUGUGAUGCUGUGCAAGAGCAUUUUGUAAAUUCUGUGAUGUUGUGAGACAGACAGACUGUAUGGAAAACACCUUUGUGAUAUUUUCUUUUUUCGCCGAUAAUCAAGCAGUGGGAGGACGGUUUCAGUUAUAUUAGACAGAAGAGUUUUUCCAUUGUGCAUAAAAGCUUCCGUUUGUCUCAUGUGUUUCACUGCCUGUUUGAAGGUUGGAUCAAGAUGCACAUCCUCCUUCACUAUAUGGAUCACUUUUGCCUGUCACAGGGUUUUUUUCAAAAUUGACUCAAGUAUGUUUGAGAAAUAUGUCUGCCUUUGAAAAUAUUUUACAGCACUGCCUUAAUGGGGUUACUGCUUAUCUAAAGCAUCACAAAAAUCAGUAAAGAGAAGGUGCCUGUUGGCAGAUAAUCCUUUGGACCUCAGGGUCAUCCAACAGCCUUUACCAGUGUCUGCGAUCGUGGAGUUUUCAUUCUCUUUGAACUUGGGUCUGUGAUAGACGCAUGGCCUUGAGCUAGUUACAAUGCUUUUUAAAUACAUUUUAUUCACUUGAAAGUUUUUGUGAAUGUAAUAUCCUUCCAAAGAUCAUUGUGACUAUCUUUUUUCACCACAGAGACAUCUAGGCACACAUUUGUCUGUACACUGUUUAAUAUCUUGUCUCAGCAUCGCACCACUGCCUUCACAUGAAAGAUCUUCGGUUCUUGCAUUUGCUUCUCUUCAGAAAAGGAAGCGUUUCUUCCGAAGCUCUGGCAGGAUGUGAGGUUGUCUGCCUCUUCAGUUUCCUGUGUGACUAGCCGUGUAGUCGCCUCUUUUUUAGAACCACCUUCAGACUCUGAGGCGGAGCUCACACUCCCCAGGAGGUGCAGAAUAAACAGACGUAAGGUGGAGAAGUGAUCUGAAUGUACAUGCGUCUGUCAAAAAAAAAAAAAAAAAGCUGGUUUGGUCAUUUUGGUUUUGUCAGGUUUUACAGAGCUAGCAACACUACUAUUGAAGUUUCUAAACACAAGUAGUUGUUGUCUGGCUCAAGAAGUGAGUAGAGAGACAGGGAAUCGGAGCUUUAAAACACUUGAGGUUUCCUUUCAGUGAUGAUGAGUCUCUCUUGAUGCUGGCUAUUAAAUACAGCAUACACACACACACACACACACACACUGCACUGAGCUGGCUGACUAUAUGGACAGACAGUUUAUAUGACUUCAAAGAGUAUUCCUGGCUCCCUCCUCAGUUAUUUUUUAUCCCACCUCCAUGUCUGACUCACCAUCAUUGCUUUUUAUUGAAGGCAAAACAGUCCCGGCCUUUUCUCCUCUUUCAGAAAACACAUGAAAGAAGUAACAGUAUUUAUCAGUCUUCCUGGCCUCAGUGACAAGCCACAGUGACAUAUUUUUGACUAUUUUAUUGUAAAGUUUUUAUUCAGAAGCUUUAGUCCUAGAGGACAUUAUCUCAUCCAGCCAAUGCAGUAUGUUUGUUUAGCAAUCACAUGCAGCAUAGCACACUCCCAGUGCACUUGUCUACUUAAGUUACAGCAAUUAUUUCACAGCUUGAUAUUUCCCAUUGAGGUAAAUCAGCUUUUUUUUUGGUCAUUAACGUGUCCUUUUGUUAAAGUGUGCACCAAACUUUUUAUACAGACAGUCAUCUCUGAACUGUGUGGAUUCAGCAAUGCAAAACAUAUCAAAUGGCUCAUUUUAAAAUCUGUUGAAAGACGUGUCAGAUGCAGUAAAUAUGCAGCUUUUGCCUUUAUUUUGCUUGAUGGCAGCACUCGCGCAUCAGCAGAAGCAAAGAUGUGUUUUUUUCCCCACAGAAAAUUAAGGAAUGAAUUUACCCAGAAUAAUGUGUUGUAUUAUAAUUGUGGGAAGGCUUUUUUUCACUACAUCUUAACAGCAUUGUUUAGGUUUCUGCAAAGACAAAAACUUGAAGAGCUACCAAAUACUGGUUUUAAAAACUUGAGACACUAUAAAAUCAUCAAUGCUCUUUUUUUUUUUCUUGUGCCAAAAAAAGGCCUUUCUUCUCUAUAAACCUGAGGUAUAAGUUUUGUGUGAAGCACAUUGUUGUGGUCAGGUAUUUUACAUCAGGUGCUCUGAGUCCUGACUACUAAGUAGUGCUUGUAUCACUGUGUUAUAAAUGUUAAAAUGAGGGCUACACAGAAGCAAAGAAACUGUCAUGAAUGCUUCAAUAAACAUCACCUUGCCUUGUU